AUGGCAUCCACUUCAACUUUUAUCAAUCUCGGCGCGAGCCUCACUCCUCGCGAAGCAGCUGCCGACGCAAUUUAUCGCUUUACUCAGGCCCUCGACGACAACGACAGCAACCUCCUUCGCUCAAGCAUAACGCUCGAUGCCAUGGUUGACCGAUCUGGUCUCUCUUCUGUCACUGGCCGAGAUCUGCCUCCAACUCCAGGGAUAGAUCUUAUUGAACGAUUUGUUCUUGGCACUAUUGGGCUUAUGGAUACAAGUCAUCAUGUGAGCAAUGUUCGCGUCAAGCUCGCUGAGAACCAGAAUCAAGCGGAAGUCACAUGCUACGUGGUUGCUGAGCAUUACAAAGCCGGCGAAGGACAUGACCCGACAAAAUCUAUGCAUUUAAGCGUGGGGACCCGAUAUCGAGCUGAAGUGGUGGAAGAUAAUGACGGGCUGUGGAAGAUCAGAAAGGUUGAUUUGGUUACUUUGUGGAGCAUUGGAGAUUUGGGAGUAUUUGGAAUGUAA